AUGGGGAGGGCGAGAAGGCCGUUGAAAGCGGCGGGAGGAGUCCCGCACGGGGAAGGGAGGAGAUGCGUGAUGGUGAGGAGCGGUGUCGCAGGGGUGGUUGGGCGGGUGGCUCUGAUGGGCGUGGUGGCGGUGAUGGCGAUGGUGGGGAGCGACGAGGGCCUCACGAAGGGCGGUUGGGCGCAGCGCUGCUUCUGGCACAGCAGCCGUGGCUUCCUCCCCAUGGCGCACGCUGCUACCCUUGCCCCCAGCCAGUGGCCGGCAGUGCGAGACAUGAAGGCGCAGUGGAGCAGUGUGGUGCCUAGCAUCACCAACACCUGGGUGAAGAACGCUGACUACGGGCAGUAUAUAAGUAUCUACUGCAAUGCUGGUGGCUUCGUGACAAGGAUCGUGGCGUUCUAUUGGGUGCUCUUGACAGGUGCUCUUGGCAUGAGGCGCUCAUUCCAGGUUGUGUAA